CAGCGCACCCCGGAGGAGGCGGUCAAGAAAACGAAAGCACUGGGAUGGGAAUACUUCAGCUACAGAGAAGUUACAGACGGCCGUGGCUUAGAGGAGGGCCAACCAACAUGUAAAACAUGUUUACGGAGGGUGGCUCCCGAGGAGGAGACACCAAGGAGGAGAUAAUAGAACUCGGAACCGUUUUGCUAAAGGAUUUCAUUUACGAGCGAGUCCGCCGGCACGGUGACAAAAAAACCGAGGUGACACGAGCCCAGUUGGGCGGAAGUGAGCUGUGCGACCCCAACCAAAAAAGGCUGGCCCGGUGCCUGCAGCAGAUCGGGGAUGAGCUGGAUGGCAACAUGGAGCUCCAGAGGAUGAUCAACUGCUCCUCGUUGAGCCCCACCAAAGAUGUGUUUGUGAAGGUGGCCGUUGAGAUCUUCGCUGAUGGAAAAUUCAACUGGGGCCGAGUGGUCGCCCUGUUUUACUUUGCCUGUCGACUCAUCAUCAAAGCACUCCUGACUAGUGUUCCAGACAUUAUCAAAACCAUCAUCGACUGGACUAUCGGCUACCUCCGUGAGAACGUUCUCAAUUGGAUCAGGGAGCAAGGAGGCUGGGAGGGUAUUCGCUCCUACUUUGGUACUCCGACAUGGCAAAUGGUAGCCGUGUUCCUGGCGGGGGUCAUCACCACCGUCAUCGUGGUUCGUAAAAUGUGAGCGUUGCACCCGUAGAUGGAAAGGAGGCCGAGGAGAACAAAGAACUUGCAUGAGACUUGAACUUUUUCUAAGGACCGCGGUGCUGUUGUAGCCCCCUCUCCCUGUGCCUUGUCAGCCAUAUGCACUCAAAAGCUGAGAGGAGGUGGGCGGGGAGAGGGGACGUGCACUCUUGAGCGAGGGAAUGCAUUUUAAGUAAUUUAUUUUUUACCUUUUUGGUACAGAUUAGGAAAAAAAAGUCACUGUAUUUUUUGUUUUCUACCGGCGACCAGUCUGCCUAUGUAGUCGGACGGGAUCGGCUCCAGCACCCCUCGUGAGGACCCUCCUGGUAUGGAUUAUGAAUUUUCAAUUGGAGGAUUAUUCCCCCUGGUUCAUUUCAGAAUGCAACUUCUAUUCGUCAGUGUGCAAUCAACUUGUUAUUGGCUUCUUCCUGUACUUUAAAACACGUUUUCGUCAGGAAUAUGGAGAGAGACAAAGAAAAGAGGCAAUUUUGGACCUGUUUUUGAUUCCUGUAUUCAAAGCAAUAUGUGGACAAGUCACAUUGUUAAUAGUUUUUAUGUUCUCUUCACGUAUAACGUUCAGUCUCACUCUUGACCAGCAUUUGUAAUGAACUUAAUGUACCGCGCGUCUUUAUAAAGUACAGUACAGUGAUCACUCGCUACUUCGCGUCCUCAGUCCAUCGCAGAUUUUUUUCUAUUAAAAAAAAAAAAAAAAAAAAAAAAAAAUUACAGAUGAGCUGUCCCGAGCCGAUCGCGUAGUCCAUCUCUCGCGCCCUCCCUCACUCUCCGUUCGUCAGGCACUGCACUGGAGUUAACUAUGCUGACAGAUGUUUGUGUUUGAUAUUGCCAGUCAUGGACUUCCAAAGCGCCGCAUGCGUCAAUCAUCGUUUGACUUGUGUAAGUGAGCAGCUUGAGAGGAUUAGAGUGGACUCACUCAAUGAAGCCCAAAUGACCUGAUAUGACCAGGACACGCCCCCCCAAAUGACCUGAUAUGACCAGGAAACGCCCCCCAAAUGACUUGAUAUGACCAGGACGUGUCCCACUAAUGUCCCCAAAUGACCUGAUACGACCAGGACACGACCCCCAAAUGUCUCCAAAUAACCUGAUAUGACCAGGACACCCCACCAAAUGUCUCUAAAUGACCUGAUAUGACCAAGACACGCCCCCAAAUGACCUGAUAUGACCAGGACACGUCCCGCAAAUGUCCCCAUAUGACCAGGAAACGCCCCCAAAAUGUCCCCAAAUGACCUGAUAUGACCAGGAACGCCCCCCCCCCC